ACCUGCGCAUUCGUGAAGCAAGAGAGAAUAUCAGUCUCGAUAUAUGUGUGAUCUGAAUAUAUCUACGUAGGUACGUAGAAUUUUAAUAUAGUAGUAAAUCCUAUCCGGGAUAGAGAGGCACAAAGAUGCCUUUAUUUGGGAAAAAAGAUUUCGGCAGGAAAUCGAAAAAGGAUGGCCGAGACUCCGAAAAGCAACCGUCCAUCGAAGACAAGUAUGUGGUUAAAGAUUUGUUGGGAACCGGAGCGUUUUCCGAGGUGCGAUUGAUAGAAAGCAAAGAUAACGGGCAGUUGUUCGCGUGUAAAAUUAUCGACAAAAAAGCUCUUAAAGGGAAAGAAGAUUCAUUAGAAAACGAGAUUAGGGUACUGAAGAGAUUUAGUGAACAAGCAAAAGGCGAAGGGGAAGAGAAAAAGAUGUUUUCGCACCCUAACAUCGUCCAGCUGUUAGAAACGUACGAGGACAAAAACAAAGUGUAUCUAGUGAUGGAGCUGGUGACAGGCGGGGAGUUGUUUGACCGCAUCGUGGAGAAGGGCUCGUACACCGAGAAGGACGCGUCCAACCUGAUGCGGCAGGUGCUGGAGGCCGUGGACUACAUGCACUCGCAGGGCGUCGUACAUCGCGACCUCAAGCCUGAGAAUUUGCUCUAUUACAGUGCUGACGAAGACAGUAAAAUUAUGAUCAGUGAUUUUGGUCUGUCCAAAAUUGAAGAUUCUGGUAUUAUGGCCACAGCUUGCGGAACUCCAGGAUAUGUUGCUCCUGAAGUGCUUGCCCAGAAACCUUAUGGUAAAGCAGUGGAUGUAUGGAGUAUAGGAGUCAUAUCUUACAUCUUACUUUGCGGAUACCCACCAUUUUAUGAUGAGAAGGAUGAAAAUUUGUUUGCCCAGAUAUUGAAAGGCGAUUUUGAGUUUGAUUCUCCUUACUGGGAUGACAUUAGUGAAUCAGCCAAGGAUUUCAUAAGGCAUUUGAUGUGUGUUGAUGUGGACAAGAGAUAUACAUGCAGGCAGGCAUUGGCUCAUCCAUGGAUUUCUGGCAAUGAAGCUAGCAGCAAGAACAUCCAUGGCACGGUAUCUGAACAGCUUAAGAAGAACUUUGCCAAGUCCCGCUGGAAACAAGCAUACCACGCCACAACUGUGAUUCGGCAAAUGCAGAAAAUGGCGCUCAGUAGCAGCGGCUCCAGUCGCAGCACAAACUCGAGUGCUCAGCUCAAGCAAUAGCUGCCCACCCCAUGACACGGCAAAUCACUUUCCCUACUGACAAAGGUACUUAAGAUUUAUUUCAUUUUUAUUUAAUUGGGUUGGUGAUAACCAAUGCCAAGUAACUCCAUCAUGCUUAUUACAAUUGAUAAGCCUGUUACAUUAAUUGAAAUUCAUUGUCAAACCAGUUGGCGGCAGACACGCCGAAAGAUCUGUGUCAUCGCUACGUUUAUAAUGUUACUUACGGAUCUACAAAUAUGAAUGUACUGGUUGUCUUAAUACUGGAAUGGAUAGCUUGUUUAGCAUAUUAAUAAUAAUCAACGAACUGUUAUUAAGAUAUAUUUCGGCUAGUCAUUAUAUCUUAUCUGCUUGAAAAUAUUAAAGACAUAUAAAAAUCUUAUAGCAAAUAAAAAUUACAUUGAUACUUAAUUUUAAAACUGAUUUGAAAUGUCUUUCUUUAUGUGACACUUGUAAAUUCGAAUUAUAAUUUUCGCUCUUUAUAGUAAUAACAGUUAUUGUUUCUAAAUAUUUUUGCUUAAAGGAUAAAUUUGAUGGGAAGAUCUGAUUGUUAAAUUAAAAUUUACUUAAUUGAAUUUUAACUGCCAAAAUUAAAAAUGGUUUGACAACUUCCUCAAAUCUAAUACUAGUUAACAAAAAGUAGUUAAGAAUAAAAUGAUGUUCUCUUUAAAGAUACUGAUUAAUAACUAUUGCUUAGGUAUGGUGAUAAUCACUUGUAAUAAUAAGGUCUGUUGCAAAAUUGAUUAGAAAUAAUUGAUAUAAAAUGACAAAAUAUUUACAAUUAUAAAUAUGGUUUACAUUACAUGUUGAGAUAUUCAUUUGUAAUUUUGAAUCUUCUCUAUAGUUGUUUUAUAUUUAAAUAUAAAACAGUAUAGGUAUGAAUGUCGGGCAGGGUACUUGUUUUGAAAUAAGGUGUUUGCUAACUUGAUAUUUCACUGGUUGAAUCAAAAUAUCUCAGGCUAGGAUUCGGUUGGAAUAGUAAUUUUGUUUAGAAUGGCAGCUGUGCAUAGCUGUCUGGAGCUUCCAUCACAGCUGGUAACCAUCUCGUAUUGAUUAGUAUCAACUGUAACACAUGUGUUUCGACAGUCACCUACCCGACUCCAUUAUGCUAUCUCUAGAGUAAGUUUUAUGAUUCUAAACUUGAAUCCUUCCUAUAUUUUAUCAUUUUCAUAUUCCUAAAUACCUAUAUCAAAUACAUGUAUUAGCGUUUGUUAUACAAUACUGCAUUGUUGAAUUUAAUGUUCUAAUAAUACUCUGUAACCGUGACUAAAUAGUUGGUAGUAGUUCCCUACAUUAUAUAAAGGGCAUUUCAUACGUUACAUAAGAAUGGGCCUAAUGUAAAUUUAUUUCAAGUACUUAGGAUGAACCGCG